UCCUCUCUUUAUUUUUAACCCAACCUCACUUCAUCUUUCUAUCUUUCUCUUUUAUGAAGAUUGUCGUAUUAGCUCUAGAGCGUGUCUCAAUCUUACCGAUCUUUUUUUUUUUGCUUAUGUAAUCAUGCUCUCAAAUUCUUCUAACGGUAGAAUUGGUUUCUCAAUUUUUCCAACGCGUUUCUUUUAUUGUGAACGCAGCUCAUUCUCUCUUUCUUUCUCUCUGAAAUGUCUGUUGCAGCACCAUUUUCUUACCCGACGUUUCUUCUACACGCUGUUUAUUGAAGACUAAAUCCCGAGUUAGUCUAGUUUCUAUUCCCUGAGUAAACAAGUUUCACACCAAGUCAUAAAAAUAUCCAACUAAAUGACUUGUGCUGGAGGUCAUUUAGCUUAAGGGAUUCUUUUCAAGACACUUAUCUUGAUUCCUCAUUUGGCUCUUACCAACCUAAAAUAAUGGCGGAGGAUCCAGGUCACAAAGCUAUGUUAUAUUUCCUUGAGGUGUUGAUGAACCAUAGCCCUUCACCACUCAGUAUUAGCCAGUUGGCUGGUCGCUUUGGCAGUCGAAAUUUUACAUCUGAAAUGCGGCAUGCUGCAGGUGGCAAUGAGGCUGGGUUAAAAAAAUUCCUGCUUAAAUAUCCUUCUCUUUUCACUGUAAAUGGUAAUCUUGUAUGUUUAACAGAUGGCACUUGUUGGAGUAGUUCAGUAAAUAACAAUGUUCGUGAUAGUAGUCCAGCAUCAUCUUCCUCAAGUUUCAGUCUUCCUGAAGUAUCCAUUGAAACAGAAGCUGUUCAAUAUUUUCGUAGCAAAUUUCUUAAAAAGGGCGAAAAAUGGAUGGCUACCAAAAGUCUAGCUGGUCAUCUAUCUCAGGCUUCUGCAGAAAUCCGUGAGUGUGUUGGUCCACAGAAUGAAUUUGAAGACUGGUUGCAUAAACAUCCUUUAAUUUUUGAAGUGAAAGGGGAUAUUGUUUGUCUUAAGGACAAUAUGGCUUGUAGUCCCUUAAAGUCAGAAUCAGACCAGACUGAUGAUGACGGUAGACAGUUUGCAGGGGACCCUGGUAUGCUUUCUAUGCCAUUGACACCUAAAUUAAAAAAUAGACCUCGCAGCUUAAAUAUAAUGGAUGCCAAGCCAUUGAAGUCACCUGGCAUAUUGAGUUCCAAGUCUGGGCCUAUGACAAUGACUGCUAAUGAAUACAAAGCUGUUAUGUUUCUGAAAAAUAUUAUUGAGAAGAAAGGUGACAUAAAGCUUAACAGUCUUAGUGGCCAUUUUAGUCAAGCACCAGAGAGUUUGAGGAAUACAAUUGGAUGGAGUAAAACUGAACUGGAAAAAUUCUUGAGGCAGCACUCAAACAUCUUUGCAAUAUCUGAAGAUGAGACGGUGUCAGUGAUUAAAAAUACUCGAUUAAAUGUUGUAAUCACUGGCAGUAAACCAGCAUGUCCAAAUAAACCAACGAUUACCAAUAGAAAAGGGAAGAUAUAUCAUGUUGCUAAACUUUGGGGUAUCAUUGAUUUAGGAAGGCAUGAACAUGUUUUUAUUGACCGUUGCAUCUUUGGCCGCCAUAUAGAUGAUUUGAAUAGACUUUUGUCUGUUGGUGAAACUGUUUGCUUUGAUGCUAUCCCAGCUCCAAAGGGCAGUCGAGCUAGGUGGCGUGCCACUCGAGUAUGGAAGGAAAACGAAUCUAUUGAAGAUAUGAUUGACCGUCUUGCUGAAAGACUCCAUUUGCCUUUGGAUGGAAGAUCCAGAGAUCCUGGCACUCCUCUCGGCAACAUAGACGAUGAACUGAAGAAAGUAAUUCCUGACUUAAACGACAACAACAUCCUCAAUUCACCAGUCACUGUGGGAGGUUUGAGGUAUGCUUUCUUUGAUGCAGCGCCUAGUGGUGCCGGUGUAGUGCCAGUUUGGAACUUCAAAUCUGUGGAAUUAGAAGGAAUGAAAGACAUAGAUGAUCUUGAUCUAAGUGAUGAGGCUGGUGGUGAUGCACAGAAUCCUUCUAUGGUAGCUGAACGAUAUUAUAUGAAUCAGUCUGUUCUUGGCGACAGUCCUCGUGAUUCCAGAUGCCAUAAUGGUGAAAAAGAACCUUUCAUGAAUGGACUGAGCAGCAACACCAAUACAAUACUUGAGAAUGGAGAUAUGUUAAAUGGGCAAUCUGCUGAUAAAUACGGUGCUGAUGUUGACUUGAGCAACGAACAAACUAAUGGUAACAAUAAUAAUUGCUGUACAAAGCAAAUUGAUGCAUCGUGCCAGACAAUUGUCACUGGGGAUAUUCUUGCAACACAAUUCUUUCAUGAAGGUAUUUAGCUCUUAGUUGUUCUGUAUUAGCUAUAGGAGUUAAGUGAAGCAGCAGGGAGGCUAUGUACAUUUUCUAUAUUCAGUUUCUAAACUCCUUACUUAGAUAACUUUAUGACAUUUAAUUUAUAUCAUUAUUUAAUUUUGUCAUUUUUUGUUAUCUUCCUCUUAAAUCUGUUUUCAUUUUUUUUUUCUUUUAAAGCUAUAGUUUUUAAUCCAAUUUCUUCCCUGCGUCUGAGCUAGUACAUAAGACAUACAUACUCUUGAAAUACUCUAAGAUUUGGCCUCUUUCCAAUGUUUACCAUUGUAUCUGUGAAGGUAUGGCUGAUGUUUACCUGCCUUUUUGGUUUCAUGUGCCUUCUAAAGACAAAAAUCAUCUCGUAUGCUUGUUAACAACUAUUACAUUUUUCUUUAUGAAAACAAAAGAAACAAAAAAAAAAUUUAAAAAAUAAAAUUUUUGAACUAUUAAAGCCAAAAAAAAAAAUUAAAAAAGUAAACUUUAUGCACAAAAUAACACUUUGAUUAGCAAUUUUGAAAUGAAAAUGUUUCGAAUUUCAAAAUUUGUAUUUAAGAUUUUAUCCCAAAUGAACAAUUUUUUCAUUUAGUGAAUUGAGGAAAUAAAGUUUGUUGCGAAAGUAUUCGAAAGAAUACUCCCUGAACACUGUUACACACAUACACAUACACACAAGAAAAAAAAAAAAAAAGACCUGAAAUAGCCUGCAAAAGUUAAUUCCAACAAUCAAAAUUACUGAUUUUGUAGAAUCUUCUUCAAGAGGAAAAAAAAAAAAAGACUUCUUUCAACUGUCAAGAAUUUUUAAAGUUGACUAUAUUUCAUGAUGGUCUUCUUGUUUGAAAAAGAGCCAGCAUUGACAUUGUAAAAGGAAACACCACAUUAGCAGAAUUCACCAAUAUGUUGAUAUCUUAAUCUCAUCGAAUUUUCAAACUUCACUAUUCUUGCCUGUCUACAUCUUAGACAGUUUAAUUUCGGUUGUUCACAAUCUAAAUGAAUCUCAAUGAAAAUAUUUUCGCAUUUGCCAAAUUAUUGGGGUUUAUUUUUUAUUGCUUUCAAAUAUCCUUCCCUUCUCCCAUUCUAAAAAUUAUGUAAAUAUUGUUAGUAGACAAAUUUUUAACAGAAAUCUAUAUUUCUUCUUACCUUAUAUUCUUCUUACUAAGAAAUUAACAUCUUGUUUAUACUUUAGUGUUAGUCGGUGAACUGUUUUCCAUUGACAGGCUAGAGGCAUCCUCAGGCAUUUUAUGAAGGUGCAUUUGGCAUAAUUUCAUUUGGAGAUGAGGUUUUAGACUCUUUCUUUCAAAUAGUUUUUUUUUUUUUUUUUUUUUUCUCUAGAAAAAGUUUCUUGUAAAGAUUUUCUAAACUUCAAAUAGAAAUAAUACAACUUAAGUAUUUAUUGUAAUCCAUGCUGAUGAAACCUUCAGGCACUUGUCUGAAAGGGGAUGAUCAUACACACAUACACAGGUGUGUUAUAUAAAUGAUAUAAUGCAUGUAUAUAUGUAUAUAUAAUUUACUGAGAGCUGUGUGUGUGUGUGUGUGUGUGUAUAUAUAUAUAUAUAUAUAUAUAUAGAUAAUAGUUUUAAUACAUAUGAUACAACAUAUGUAUUGAAUAUACAUGUAUUAUGUAUAUAUAUAUUUAUAUUAAAUAUAUGUAGAUAAUAGUUGUUACAUAUAAUAUACAUAUAUAAUAAAUGUAUGUUUAUGUGUAUAUAUAUAUGUGUGUAUUUAUAUACAUAAAUGUAUGUAUGUUUAUAUAUGUAUGUGUGUCUGCACGUGUAUCUGUAGGUAUAUGAAUAUGUGUAUACAUGUUUGUGUGUGUGUGUGUAUAUAUAUAUAUAUAUAUAUGUGUGUGUGUGUGUAUGUAUGUAUAUAUAUAUAUAUAUAUAUAUAUGCAUGCAUGUGUAUAUAAAUGUGUAUGUAUAUAAAAUAUACACAUAACUAUGUGUGUAUCUGAUAUCUAUACAUAUGUAUUGAUACUCAUGUGUGUGUGUGUUAUGUAUAUACGUGCUUUGUGUGUGUAUAUAUAUAUAUAUAUAUAUAUAUAUAUAUAUAUAUAUAUAUACGUAAUGCAUUUUAUGUAUUUGCACAGAGUUAGUAAAACGUGUAUACCAUAAAUGUAAUUUUAAAAUUGUAUUAAGAUUCACAAUCUUAGUUAAUGCAGCUUCUGCUAUAUAAUUUACUUUGCAAUUCUAGUUUUGUUUAUUUUUACAAAGUUUCUUAUUUUCGCUAUUAUGAUUUGAAAGAAGUUUCGCUUAGUGCAAUAUUCAUUAAAUAGUAUUGGGGGAAAAACACCCCAAGAAAAAAGAAAUUGACCCCUAUUACUAUCUUUUGUGGUAUUCCCAUUUCUUAGUUGUGGAAUGUUUUUCUUUACUUUUUUUUUUUGUCACGUCAGUUAUUUUCGUGAAGUUAUGUUUUUCUAUUUUUUUUUUAGGACAUAAAUGUUUUAUUAAGAUAUUUUCUUGAAUUAGUGAGUUAUUUCUAAUUACAAUUCUCUAGAAUAGAAGUAGGUUUAUAUUUGCAAUACAAGACAAGUGUUUAUAUAUUUUAAUGCUAAGUAACAUUUGAAUUUAGUUCUAACUUUAUAGAAAAUGUUCCUUUAGUGUUAUGUCAAUUUUCAGGUUUUAGCCAAAAAUUUAUUCUUAAUACACUGCUUAGAUAAUUUUCUUUGGAAUUUAGAUUAUUUUGACUUGCUGGCAUUUUUUUAAGCUCUGAAAAUUACUUUGUAUUGUAUCGAAUAAUUUUAUGAAAGCAUUUAGGAUUUAGAAGCUGGCUAUAUUUUCUAAAAUGGUUUUAAGCCUUAUUUUCUAACUUGACUUGUAUGUAAGGAACCUGAAAUAAGGGGAAUUUCUAUUCUCUUUCUUGCUUUCUUAUUCCAAGGAUUAUGGCAAAUGCUAUGAGUUGCUGCUCACUUAGUCUUUCUUUAAUACCAAGAGUAAAUGUUUGAAAUUUAUAAACUUAUAAAAUUCAUGUAUUUAUUUAUUUUUUCUAAAGACUAUAAUCAUUAAAAUGACAAAGGUUAAAAUAUAUUAACUUAGGUUUCUAUGCUCUACUAAAACAAGAAGCAUUGUGAAAUACAGUGCACAUAGUUUUUCAGCAGUUUACUAUGUUUUUCUCUUGAAGUGAGAUUGAGUCUGACUUUUCAAUCUUUUUUUUUUUUUUUCCUUCUGAAUGCAUUACUUCUGUUAGGCAUUACUUGGAAUUUACCAAGUGUCACUUGGCUUUAUCACUUUGCCUUUCUCCUGAUUUUAUUUUUAAAGUUCUUUAGUAAACUUGGAUAAGAAGAAAAUUGAAUGAUUGAAUCUUGCAAGGAAUCUGACCAAGUGUGCAAUAUCUUGACAAAUGAGGAUGAUCUAUAUCUUCAGGGCUUUCAUCAAACUAUGUUGGUGCCAUCAUAAUUUUCUUCUUUUCUUACAAAAAAAAAAAAAAAAAUUAAAAAAAAUCCUUUACUCAAUUGUAUGCAUCAUUUAUUCAGAAAAGACUGGACAGGAAAUUCAGUUCUCCAUCUUCUGUUUUUCAAGUGAAAUAUUUAACCUUUGCUGGGCUGGUUGUUCCUUAAGAUGUAUACUAUUUAAUUUAAGAGCAUCAAAAUCAAAACACUGCCAUUAUCAUUGGUAUUCAGCAUUUUAUAUUUGAAAUGUCAAAGUGGAUGUAAAAGAAUUGCAUUUGAUUUCCUAGCUAAUGAAUUGCUGCUAGCUGCAACCACUUUUUUGUCUCUUUAAUGACCACUAAAAUUCUUUUAAACUUAAAUGAAAUGAUUAUUGCCGAACCAAAAUGUUUUGGUUUCAGGCCCAUCCUGUUUAUAAUGUGAGGGGGGGACCCUUGGUGUGGUUCUUAUUAAACAUUUCUGCAUGCCCUCAUCUCAUUCAGACAUAUAUACAUAUGUGUAUGUGUAUACAUAUAUAUGCACAUAUGCAUGUACACAUACAAAUACACUGAUUUGUACACUUUAGGCCUUGGUCUAAAAUAUCAGUGUAAAUUUUUACAUAAACAUUAGACCUUAAUUUUUACUCUUGUUUCUUAAAGAAUUUUUGAAAAGUAAUUCUUAAGGUUCUUUUAAGUGCCUAACUCCUAUUUAUAAAUUUUCUUUUAAUCAUUGCAGUUUGGUACAUUGUAUUUGUCAUUUUGAUGUUAAAAUUUGAUAUAUGCAAAUAUUCUUUUCUCUGUUCAAGUAUAAUUAUAGUAUAUAUGACUGGUUGUCCCUAAACUUCACAUUGGCUCUAAUGUUACAGUUACUACAGUUUUCUUUUCAAUGAAACAAUUUAUUAGGUGAUUUGAAGCUGUGUGUUCAGGAAGUUUUUAGUUUAGUUUUGUUUUUAUCUCUAAAUUUUGAGACUCGGUAUUUCUUUAUUUAAUUUCCUGAACUCUCAAAUAAGGUUUGGUUACAUGUUAAAAUCUUAGCCAGGCCUCUUAUGAAAAUUGAGUUUUGUUUUUGUUUUUUUUCUUUUUCCCAGAUUUCGCAUUUAAAAAAUAAAUUAUUGAUGUGAAUUUACAUAUUUUCAGUGCCCAUUGUCAUGUAGCAAUACUGUAUCCCCCUUUUCAUCUUGAUUAUUGAAUUAGAUUGCUUUUAUCACUGUUUUGAUUGCUUUUUCCCUAUACCUUCUAUCAAAAACCAUUUAAAUCUAUACAAUAAAUUACAUGUUGUAAGCAAUUAAAAUUAUGGCUACUUAAGGCUGGCAGUUGAAAUGAUUUCACUAUUUCACACAGCAGCUAUGUUUGGCUGUCUUGGUGUGAAGUGAGCAAAUAAUAUUUAAAAAUUUGCAACAAAUUCAUAUUUAUGAAAAGGUUAUUGAAUUUUUUUUUAAAUUAGUUUUUUUUUUAUCUUUGGCUUUUAUUUGCUGUUUUUUUUUCCUUUUUUUUUUUGGUAUGGAAAUAAGUUAGCCAUAAAGAUCCUUUCCUGUGUUAAGUCAAAAUUGAUCAAAUAUGAGGAUGAUAUUUGUAUUAAUCCCAGAAAAUUAAAAUGACCAGAAAUAGAUAUUGCUAUGCAAUAUAAUAAUAAUCCAGUUACUUUGGUAAAUAAUGUUUUAUUAGAAUUUUUUUUACAUAAGUUCCUGGAAUGUAGUAUAUAACACUACAAACAUUUUUUUGUUUUGUUUUUUGGCUGUAUCAAAUCUUGUUAGUGGCUGCCCAAAUACUGAACAGGUGUGUACGAGAGAGAGAGAGAGAGAGAUAAUAUGGAUGUGUUUAUAUAAAUGAAUCAUAUAAAGGCUAUAUAUAUAUAUAUAUAUAUAUGUCCAUUGUGUGUGUGGGCAUAUGGUAUAUAACAAUUAUAUAUAUUAAAUACAUAGAGUGUCAAGAUAAUAGAAUAGUACAGACAACUAUAUGUAUAUAUAUAUAUGAUUAUAUGUAUAUAGAUAAAAUGUGUAGACUAUAUAUGUAUGUGUAUAUAUAUGUAUGUCUAUAGAUAAACUGUAUAGACAAUAUAUGUAUGUAUAUAGAUAAAAUGUAUAGACAAUGUAUAUAUAUAUAUGAUUAUGUAUAUAGGUAAAAUGUGUAGACAAUAUAUAUAUUUGUGAGUAUGUAUGUAUAUAUAUAUAUAUAUAUAUAUAUAAUGUAUAAAUAAUAUAUAUUAUGUAUAUAUUUUGCACGUGGUAAUGUGUGUUUUACAUAUUUAUAUACAUAAAUAUAUAAAUAGAAUAUAUAUUAUUGUAUGAUAUAUAUAUAUAUAUAUAUAUAUAUAUAUAUAUAUAUAUAUACACACACACAUGUAUAUAUACAUGUUUAUUAUAUACUGUGUAUAUGUAAAUAUGUUUAUUAUAUCCUCUAUAUAUAAGUUAUAUAUACUGUAUGUGUAAAGUAUAUAAUUUGUAUAUAUACAUAAAAUGUGUAUAUAUGUACACACAUUGUAAUGUACAUUUAUAUAUAUGAUGUAUGUAUGAUGUAUUAUAUAUAUUUAUGCCUAUGCAUAAAUAUAUAUGUAUUGUGUGUUUAUAUAUAUAUGUGCAUGUGUGUGUGUGUGUGUGUGUGUAUUUCUACAUAUGUGUGUCUAGCUAUGGCCUAUAAAGCAAUUUGAUAUUUUCUGGGAGAGUCUGUCACCAACUUGAAACUCUCAAACUAAAUAGAAAAUGAAAAGCCUACUGUAUGGAAUAAAUGCCCAAGUAUGUUGUAUCAUUUGGAUGAUUGAAGUGUGCCACGAUGUUAGGUUUUAUUUAGUGGAUCCACGGGUUGUCUUAGUGAAGCACAACAUAAGGCUGGAUUGAAGUCCACCAAUGAAAACUGACAAAACACUUGUUAAUCAUAUAGUGCUCCCACUGCUUGCAAUAUUGAAUUGUCUCUUAUAGUGUCUGUUUAGGUUGUAUGUGUAAUACAAGUUGAAUUUUUCCUAUUAUUGAUAGAAUAUGAACAAGUGACUCUUUCGGCUACUUGGCUUUUAUAUAUGUGUGUGUGUGUGUGUUUCAUAACAUUUCUAGAUUAUUCUGUUAGCACUAAAAUAUAUGGAGCUCCACCUGCCCACCAAUUUCAAAAAUUGUCAUCCACUUUUAAUAUCCAUUGGAUUGGUCUUUUAUUGCUGUGGCUAACUGAUUUAUUUUGUUGAUGAGGAAGUAAUUCUAAUUACAAACAUUUCAGGUAUAUUAUAAGUACUUAGAUUAGAAUUCAUAGGGUUAAUAUUAAAUUGUAGUGAUAAUAGUUAAAUUCCUUGUUUUCUUUCCAAAAAUAGAUAUUAAACUAGUUGAGAUCUAUAAGAAAUCUUUUCUUUCACUUUUUGUUUGUUGAAUUUAGAUAAUUUGCAAUUAUUUUCAUAGAUGUACAGUUAAAAAAUUUUUUUUUAACAGAUAGAAAUUACACAUUACAGCUGUUUACUUAGUUUUAUAUUAGGAUUAGUUAAAAUGUGUUUAAAUCUUAUUUUGCGUUCUCAGAGAAUAUCAUCAACAUUAAGAGAUCUGAAUUUGUUUUUAUAUACCUUUUUCAUGAACUAUAUGCUUAUUUAUUUAUUAUUAUUAUUUUUUUUUUAAUUUCCAAUUCAUUUCUGGCUUUCUAAUUUGCCCAUAUGCAUUCUAUUUUGCAUCAUAGAUUUGCUAUGUAUUUUUUAAUUCAGAGCCUGUCUUCCCACCCCCACACACUAUAUUGCCUUACCAAAUAUAUUUAUUUAAAAAAAUAUAUUUCAUCGCAGCACCAAACAUUUUUAUAUCUCUCAUGCAUUUUUAUUUCUUAAUCAGAAUCUAUUAUACUUGGGGAUGUAUCAUAUUUAUUUAAAGUAGUUUUAUUUGUUAAACCAAACUGAUUUGUUUUACCACAGGUAUAAUAAUGAAACAUAAUAAAGUACUGGGAUUUGAAAAAUGAAAGAUUUAGUCUUUCGACCAAAUGAUGCUUUGGUUUCGCUACAUGUUACUGUGCAUGUUUUAAAAAUUUUCGGGUCUGUGAUAUGUAAUAUUUGCAUGUACUAAAUAUAUCUGCCUAA